AUAGAUAUGAUUGUAGGUUCAUAGGCUUCUUCAUUUAGCUUUCGUAAAUAAUGAGGCACUUGAAAAAUUUUAGGCCAUGAAGUUUCGGCAGGAAGGACCUGUAUCCAGCCAUCUAUACGAACCCGGAUAGUGUUAUUCAUUUGAGCCAUCCCCUGGUACAGUAUAUAGAAAUUUAAAUUGUUGACAAUGAGAUAUAUUAUGAAUUGCAAAGGAUAAAAAGUUAAGGUAAGCUUUCAGAUAGAAACAAAUCUAAUUUUUUUAAUAAAAAAAAUGUUAAGAUAUAUGUCUCCUAGGGCAUGUCAACCUAUUAUCGAUAAAAUUCAUCAGAGAAUUGGCUCUUGGGCAACGAAAUUCCUUUCAUAUGCAGGUAGAGUUCAACUAGUUAACUCUGUUUUAUUUCACAUUCAAGUUUUUUGGAGUGGUGCUUUAUUGAUUCCUAAGAAAGUGUUAAAGCUAAUUGAUGCUGCUUGUAGAAAUUUCAUUUGGUGUGGUAAAUUUAAUUAUAAUGCAAUGUCUCUUGUAGCAUGGGAUGAUGUAUGUGUGCUAAGGAAAGAAGGGGGACUAGGGGUGAAGCAGUUGCUGCAUUGGAAUAAGGCAGCAUUAGGCAAAUUGGUUUGGAAUAUAUGUCAACAUCAAGAGUCGCUAUGGGUUAAGUGGGCACAGGUGGUGCUAUUGAGGGGUGAGUUAAGGUUUUGUGAGUUGAUCUCAAAGGAUGAGAUUGCUGUUUGGGGCCAUGACCUUACAGUUAGUGAGUGGUGGGAUGGUUUAGAUUGGAUCAUUCCAGAUAGUUUUGUGAGAAGACAUCCCAUGCUUGUCUAGAUUAUUAGAUGUCAAAAACUAUCUCAACAAGUGGACAAGGCUGCAUGGAAACCUGCAAAGAAUGGUUUGUUUACUAUUUCAAGUUGCUAUGAGUUCCUAAGAGUGAAACGCCCUAAGGUAGAAUGACAU